AGCUAGCCUCGAGGAGUCCGAGGGAGUCCGACGGUGUGAGCCUUGCGCAGAGUGCGUGCGCAAAUCGUGCGCAACAGGCUGCGUUCCCCCUCCACGAUGCUCCUGCCAGCCCUUGUCCCCCUCGUGCUCGCUGUCUCCCUGAAUCUUGCGGUAGGAGCUGCGGAUCCCAGCAGUGGCAAGGAUAGCGCCUCCAAGUUCCGCCGGCUCGAGAGCCUGACAAAGCAGUGCAAGUUUACGCUCGGCGGGCAACAAUUCGACCUGUGCCCCGUCCUGGAGGGGAACGAAGGAGGGUGGACAACCGAGAUCGAGCGCAAGACGCCGCCGACGGUCACGAAGACGUCAUACCAGAUCGCGUUGCAGGGGCCCCUGGCGAAGGACAAGAAUGCGACCAAGUACGAUCAGUGCCCUCCCGGGACCUGGAUAUGUCAGAUCGUAACAAAUCGCCGCCCGCUCUUCCCCGACGAGGAGCCGCGCGUUCUGCAAACGGUCCCGGUCGCAGGUGCGAUGAACCUUCCGAACGUAACUAGGUAUCACCCCGGUGUGAACAUCACCGCACAACUUGCGCCCGGCCGCCAGGAAGACGCGAAGCACGACGUCCUGCACGUUCGCCUGCACGGCGGUUACUACGUGUAUGGCCCACAGAAGGCCGAUCUUCAGUUCAUUUGCGACCACGGCGUCGACGAGCCGACCAAGCCGUCCUACGCAUGGUCGUGGAACGGGACGCACACGUUCAACUGGCGCACGAAGCACGCGUGCGGCAAGCAGCUGUCCCCACCGGCGCGGACAGGUACCGUAACAGCAUCGCCCGGCCCCAAACCAACGUCCGGCGCGCCCACAGACUCAGAGCCCGCCGAAGACGCGCCCCCAGACGACAACGAGGGCGUCCCGGACAAGUCCGAGCAGGACCUCGCAGACAAGCACCCGCUCCUGGGGCGCGCGUCGCGCCAGACGCUCGUUCUGCUCCUUUCGUCGUUCACCGCGGUGCUCGCGCUCGUGUACGUCGCGUGGUUCCCACCUGCGCGCGUGCGCCAGGCCGUGUCGCGCUUCAUGAAGGCGCACCCGCGCCUCGCGCGUUUCCGCGUGGGAGAGCGCGUGCUCAUGCGCUGGGCGUACGAGGACCUCGAGAUGGAGGACGGGUAUGGGUAUGGGGAGGGCGAGGAGGACGUGAUGGUCAACUAUGCGCCCGAGGUCGAGGAGGGCAUCCCGCUCAAGCCGUCGCCGCGGCUCGGCGGGUUCGCAGGAUAUGGGGCCGCGUAGCGCAAGGUGCAGCGCCCUCUGCUGCCGCCGUGGGUUUGAGAUCGAUGUGUGUAACGUGUAGAUGUGUACGUUUCGCGUGCUGCGAUGUAUCCCGCUGUAGAAUCUGUGUUGUAGAGUACGUUCGCCUUUUCUGUUGUAUAGUUGUUGUAUAGCUGCAAAGCAAAACAUGUACCAAGCUAUGCAUCUGUUUGCCAUCCG